AUGCCGGCUAAAGAUAUUGAUAUCGCCGUUGCAGUACAAAUUACCAUUUAUCCAAUCGAAGAAAGCAUCUAUGAAGGACAAGAUGCUACAUUUAACUGCCGUGCACGUGCCCCUGAUGGAGUUACGUACCCGGAAGUACGGUGGACUCGUUACGAUGCACCAAUGCCUACUUCAGCGUAUGAAAUAGACGGGCGAUUAAAAUUUUCAUCAGCGACAUUAUCUGAUAGUGGACGAUACGUUUGUUCAGCAACUUUUGGCGGACGUAACUAUGAUGCAUCUGCCCAACUAAACGUGCAAUCUUAUGGGCCACAAGAGUUCCAAAGUAUUCUACCACAGACCGGUGUGUGCCGUGUUGAUGAACGAGCUUGCGGUAAUAACGAAUGUGUGAAAAGUGAUUAUAUUUGUGACGGUGAACCAGACUGCCGGGAUCGUAGUGAUGAACAGAAUUGUCCGUCAUUGCGUUCAUGUGAACCGAAUGAAUACAAAUGCAAUAAUGGUCGUUGUGUGCAAAAGAUGUGGCUCUGUGAUGGUGACGAUGAUUGUGGCGAUAAUUCAGAUGAACAAGCCUGUAGCCAUCGAGCUCCAUCUGAUGGUUGCGCCACAAGUGAAUUCAAGUGUCGCGAUGGUCAACAGUGUGUUCCGCUUAGUUUCCAUUGUGAUGGUACCAAUGAUUGUCAGGAUGGAUCUGAUGAGAUUGGAUGCGUACAACCGACAAUUGUACAACCACCGGAAACGAAUAAGCAAGUAAAAGCUGGUGGUACUUUCCAGUUGACAUGCAAAGCGGUAGCUGUACCUGAACCGUAUAUCAACUGGCGUCUUAAUUGGGGUCCCGUUUGUGAUCCACCGAGGUGUACACAGCAUUCUGAGGGUGGUCUCGGUACACUUACUGUGAACAACGCACAGCCACUUGACCAAGGUGCCUAUACAUGCGAAGCAAUUAACGUUAAGGGCCGAGUAUUAGCCACACCAGAUUGUAUCGUUCGCAUCGUUAAUAUUCCAGCUCCUGAAAUGCAAGAAAAAACACAAUGCAAUUUGAUCGGUUCUGUAAGUCCAAUUCCGGAUCAUGCAGGCCAAUGUCAGUGUAAGCCACUGGUGGUAGGUUUAAAAUGUGAUUCAUGUAGCCGAGGCGCAUAUCAUUUGAAUGAGAAAGUUCAACAGGGUUGCUUAAAAUGUUUCUGCUUUGGUGUUACCGAUCAAUGUAAAUCAUCGACAUGGUAUAGGACAAAAGAUAAGCUAAUUUUGAAUGGCGAUUCACGAGGUGUUCAAAUAUCGGAUAUUAAUGGACAAGUUCAUAGUUCACGAUUUGAUUACAACAAACCUGGUAUGGUAACAUACAGUGAACCAUCCUAUCAAACAAUGUAUUGGAAAUUACCAACACGUUUUCAUGGAAAUAAGCUAACAGCCUAUGGUGGUGAACUUGCAUUUGAUUUGCAGUAUUCAUGUACUGGAUCUGUGAAUAAUGAACCGUUGAUUGUUCUAAAAGGUAACGGUAUAACAUUGGUGCAUCGUCCAUUGGAUACUCAUAUUUUUGCUUCCGAUAAAACAAUCCGAUAUACUAUCAACACAUACGAGGCAAACUAUGAAGAAUUAGAUGGAAGGCCGGCAACACGAGAAAAUCUGAUGAUGGUACUAGCUAAUGUAGAUUUAAUGUUAAUCCGUGCUACACAUUGUUAUGGACAACAGUACACAAGGCUUGGAGAUAUUACUUGGGAAAUAGCAGUUAAUCGUGAUACUCAAGAGAGAUUAGCUUUAGAAGUAGAACAUUGUUCUUGUCCACCAGAGUUUUCAGGAUAUAUUGGAUUAUCCUGUGAAGAUUGCGCACCAGGAUAUGAACGUUCACCGCAAGGUUUAUAUCUUGGUAUCUGUGUACCUGUUCAGCAUCGUGCCCAAUGCUCAGCAGCUGGCGCACGUAGUACACAUCCUGAUUAUGAUGGUAAAUGUCAAUGUAAGAUGUAUGCUAUAGGUACCUUGUGUGACCGUUGUCCACCCAACACUUUCCAUUUAGCAUCUCGAAAUCCACAAGGUUGCAUUCCAUGUUUCUGCUCAGGAGUAACCCAACAAUGCACCUCUGCAAAUAACUACUACAGAACUCAGGUAGUUAUUGAUUAUAGAAGAAGUGCUACCGAUCAACUGGAAAUUACUACCAGCGAUGCACAUAGUCCAUUUACUCCUCAAUCACAAGCACAAAUAACAGGACAUGAUAUAACAUUUUCAUCAUUUUAUGAAAUGCCCGGACAAACACUCUAUUGGAAAAUGCCAAAACAAUUCCUCGGUAAUAAAGUUACCAGUUAUGGCGGUACAUUAAAAUAUGUCUUUCGUUAUUCUGGUACUGGACCAUUAAAUACUGAUGUAGAUGUGAUCUUACGAGGCAAUGAUAUUGCGUUACAGUAUACUAAUCAUCAGCCAACUUAUGCGGAUCGUGAAAAUAGUAUUGAGGUAAGUCUAUUCGAAGAUCACUGGCAACGAAUGGAUGGACAAUUAGCCACACGUGAACAUCUAUUAAUGGCCUUAGCUGAUCUUGAUAGCUUGUUAAUCAAAAUGACUUAUAUGGAUGAAUGCUCAACAUCAUCGUUAAUUAGUGUUUCACUAGAUUAUGCUGAACCGCAUGCUACAAGUGGUCAAGUUGCUUAUGAGGUUGAACAAUGCCAAUGUCCACCCGGUUACAUUGGUACAUCCUGCGAAGAUUGUGCACCCGGAUAUUCUCGUACUGGUGGUGGAUUAUACUUAGGUCUCUGUGAACGCUGUGAAUGUCAUGGACAUGCUUCACAAUGUGACAAAGAGCAUGGAUUCUGCAUGGAUUGCCAACAUAACACAGAAGGUGAUCAGUGUGAACGUUGUAAACCCGGAUUUACCGGAGAUGCUCGUCGAGGUACCCCGCAUGAUUGUCAACCGGCAGCGACGAGACCUGCUUGUAUGUGUAAUAAUCACUCACCCAGAGGAUGUGAUUCAUUUGGUCGAUGUUUGCUAUGUGAGCAUAAUACGGAAGGAUAUCACUGUGAACAGUGCAAACGUGGAUUUUAUGGUGAUGCAACACGUGGUACUCCUUUCGAUUGCAUACCUUGUCCAUGCCCAGGUACAUCGGACUGCUUCUUAGAUACCUAUGGGCAAGUACAAUGCCGUAAUUGUCCGGCUGGUUUAACCGGACGUUUGUGUGAGGAAUGCGCACCAGGCUAUACGCGUUCACGUUCACGAGCGCGUGUUGAUGAAGGACGUACUUGUGAACCAAUUGGACAUGUGGAAGAAACCAAUAUCGUAUUCGUACCAACUCCUGAAGGUGAUCGUAUGCGUGAACGACCACUUCGCUGGCAGCGUAAUCGCUUGCAGCGAAAUCGUCGUUAUUAUCUUCUACGCAAAUUAUAUUAUUGA